CAAAAAAGAACCCUUUUCAACGCCCGAAAUCACCGUCGGGACUGCUCUGCACUCUGCACGUGCUCAGAGGAGGGCUCCCCCGUGGGCGGCGGCCAAAGAAGCGAUCGGGCGAAAGAAGGGCGUCGGGUGAUGAUUGUUGGUGUUUUUUUUCCUUCCCCUUCUUCGUUUUGGGGUGACUGGGGAUGAACAGAAAACCCACAACUUAAAUCAACGCACGCACCCCUGCAAAAAAAAAAUCAACAUUUUUAAGACAGCGGCGACUGGGAACAAGGGGCCGCCAUGACAGCCACGAAGGUGAAGAGGAUCAAGUUUUCCGACGAGGAGAAGUUUCUUAUCCUGGAAGAAUUUACUCUCCGUAAGGAUAUCCUCGUCCCGAAAAACGGCCGUUAUAAGAACACCGCGGACCGCCAGCAAGCCUGGGAGGAAAUUGCGAGGGCCGUCAACUCCCUCAACCCUGUGGUCCAGCGCACGCCGGAAGAGAUCCGUAAAAAGUGGAAGAACAUGGUGGUGGACGCCCAGAAGGAGCUGAUGAUGGAGAAACACCCGUUGCUCAGGAAGCAACCCCGGGACCAGCUUUUGCGAGACAUCUUCGCUCUCCUCCAUAUGGCAGAUGGGGUGAUGCCCAAACCAUCGCUUUACGAUUCCGGUCGGGAACCGAAGCGUCGGAAAGCCCGCCGAGCACUAGAAUGCCGGCGUGCUGGGCAGAAGGGCUCCCGAAACCGCCUUGCCUUCGGCAUCUCCAUGGUGACGGCCGGAACGCCCAGCCUGGCAAAAUCGAGGCUCCUGGAGCUGGGGACCCAAACACGGUAG